AUGGCCUCGCAGAAGGACCCAGACAAAAGCUGGGAGGAGAAGCAGCACCCAGAGAUCAAGUUGGAGAAGCCAAAGUGCAGUCUGAAGGGAGAGGAGAAAGAGGACAAGAGGGAGGAUGGUGAUGCUGAGGAGAAUGAUGACUAUGAUGAUGAUGAGUGUGAAGAGGAGGAUAACCAUGAGGAUGAAGGUGAUCAGGAUGAGGAGGAAAAGGAAUUUGCAGAGGAGGAUGAAGCCAGAGCAGGUCCCUCUGUGCCACCCAAGGUGAAGCACCACUGCCCCUACCCUGCCCCCCGGCUCUUUGUCUGUGGUGACUGUGGCCAGAGCUUCAAACAGAGGUGUAAUCUCAUCUGGCAUUGCCGCACCCACAGCGGUGAAAGGCCAUACAGCUGUGCUGAGUGUGGCAAGACCUUCACUCACAAGUCUUCCCUCACCCAGCACCGCAGUGUGCACAGCAGUGAGAAGGCCUUCACCUGCGGGGACUGUGGCAAGAAAUUCAAACAUAGCUUCACCCUUACCGUCCAUCGCCGCAUCCACACCAGAGAGCAUCUGUUCCCCUGUGCUGAGUGCGGCAAGAGCUUUACCACCAGCACUCUAUAUAUCUGGCACCAACUCAUCCACAGUGGGGACAAACCAUACAGCUGUGGCGACUGUGGCAAGAGCUUCACCCACACGGGAGCUCUCACAGAACACCGUCGUGUGCACACUGGCGAGAAGUCUUUAAGCUGUGCUGAGUGCGGCAAGGACUUCAGACAUGGUGGCACACUCACUCACCACCUCCGCACCCACUCCGGUGAGAAACCUUUCAUCUGUUGUGACUGUGGGAAGAGCUUCAGCCAUAGAAGCAAUCUCAUUGUUCACCGCCGCACCCACACAGGUGAGAAACAUUUCACCUGCGCUGACUGUGGGAAGCACUUCAGCCAGAGGCCCCAUCUCCUUGCUCACCACCGCACCCACACCGGUGAGAAACCUUUCACCUGCUCUGACUGUGGGAAGCACUUCAGCCACAGGCACCAUCUCCUUGCUCACCACCGCACCCACAGCGGUGAGAAACCUUUCACAUGUGCUGACUGCGGGGAGAGCUUCACCCGGAGUCUAACCCUCAAAAAGCACCGCUGCAUCCACACUGGAGAGAAGCCCUUCUCUUGUGACAGCUGUGGCAAGCGGUUCAGGCGGAUCUCUCAUCUUAGGCGGCACCACCUCAGCCACAGCAGUGAGAAGUCCUUCAGCUGCAGGGACUGCGGCAAGAGCUUCAAACACAGCUCCAAUCUUACUACCCACCACCACAUCCACACCGGAGAGCAUCUGUUCCCCUGUGCUGAGUGCGGCACGAGCUUCACCAGGAGUAAUGCAUUCAUCCAGCACCAAGUCAUCCACAGCGGUGAGAAGUCCUACAGCUGUUCCGACUGUGGCAAGAACUUCACCAAGAAGGGAAACCUCACAGAGCAUCGUCGUGUGCACACUACGGAGAAGUCGUUCAGCUGUGCUGAGUGCGGCCAGGCCUUCAGACAUAGGAGCAAGCUCAUUUGCCACCACCUCACACACACCGGUGAGAAGCCGUUCACCUGUCCUGCCUGUGGUAAGAGCUUCACCCAGAAGGGACACCUCAACAAGCACCGCUGCACCCACACCAAAGAGCAGUCUGCACUGGAGGGGUGGCAAAAAGCCACCUAG